AUGCCCAUUUCAAUGGCCAGAGCCCGUCGGUUGUUUUUGAGCUGUUCUGGCUUGGAGCAGCCCGAGCAGCCCGAGCAGGAGCAGCAUUCAGGCUUCCCGAACGCAUACUUCCUCGCUUUGGACAAUAAUUUUUCGGGCGGUCAGGGCUUUCUGCCGCCUGCUAAGCUUAUCGGCCAACGCGAUAACAGGGGAUGUGGGGCAGGCGCUCAGUGCUGGGGCCUGGCGCUCCACCCCUGCUCCGCGUCCGGGCAGGAGGUUCUUUAG